AUGAUGCUGGGAACGUUUGCCCUCGUCAGUAGACGAUGGAGGCCAUCGAGCGUUGUAUACAGCAAUUAUGAAGAUUAUGCGCAGCUUACACGGUUUAUACCAAAAGAGUUAUUCGAAGCAAGAAUGACAACGAUAAAGCAACUUGUAAGGAAAGAGUUUCCGCACACUUGGCUCGACAGUCAUCUGUUCGUGCUGGCUAUAGCUCUUGUCAUAGUUGUUGCUGCUUUCGCUAUUGUUGCUCGCGCACUGACAAUUGCCAUGUGGUAUCCGUUGUUCAUUCUUGUUAUACCUGCCGUCAUUGCAUAUUGGACAACAAGGCGACGGGGACUGCGGUCUAUAAAAAUGAGCAAGUUUCACGAUAAAUUACACGAAUGUCUUAGGAAGUUGACAGUGAUGGACGCAGCAUACCGAAUUCGAUGGAGCUACCGCCGACUCAAAGAUGUUGAUAACAGAGAAUCACUCCGCUUGAGAUCUGCGCUGGACAGGCACACGAUUGCCCUCGUCAUUGAAGUGACACGGGUGGAGUACAGCUGCAGUAGCGGUAGAGAGCAGCAGAGAAGAAGCGAUAUACUACCGACAUAUGAAUCUGUACAACAGGAUAUUGUAUUGGAUGUCGGACCGCCGCCGCCU